UUGAUUCGACUAUCUAAGCCACGUGAUCAAUGUUGCCUAGGAUUAGAAAUAGUUGACAACAUGGCUACCCGCAGUGUUCUGCUGAGCCGUUUUUAAAACUCCAAAGAUUGAUCUAAAUGGGAUUCAUCAUGACAAUACAUGAAGUAUUUACAUCUUGGUGAACACAGUGGAAGACCUGUGUUUUCGUAACAGAAUCUCAAUGGCGCACAAUCACCUUAAUGGCCUCAGUGCGAGCCUUGAAGAUCUGUCUCUCAAAAAGCAGUUGCCUUUGCGACAACAAAAAGAUAAACCUGUACUCAAGUACAAUGCUUCAAUGAAUGCUCCAGUUCAUCUGUUCAAUCAAUCAGAUGUGAAUAAUUAUCGUCAUGGAAUCAACAGGGGUCCCUUUCCAGGAAAUGUCACUCAUGGACGAACAUUGUCAUCACCCUUUAAAUCAAAAGGUGGUGCUAGCAAUGCAAUGGCGGGAACAACCAGUGGAGGUUACGCUGGAUAUAAGAACACAAGUCCCCAAUAUUCACCUGCUGGCAGUCCAAAUAAGACAUCUUCAAAUCCUUACUCUAAACCAAUAAGUGCCAAUGACAUUAAACAGCCUGAGAGUUUAAUACGAAGGAAUUCCAAUAGUAAUCCUACCUUAGGAACUUCCACAGGCCCAUCUACUGUUAAAGGAACUAGUAGUACUAACAACAACACAAACUUUCUGGCUAAUUCAUUCAUGCGACCACAAAGUGCAGUAAAACCACCUCCUCAUCCGUCUAGUUCUUCCCCUUCCAAACUUAAGUCUGAUACAAACACUGCUGUAGUUCCAAGGCCACCAUCAGCUCCCCGACCAACUUCGAGUAAAUCAAGAACAGCAAGUCCUUGUCGCGUAGCUAGGAACUUAAAUUACACCCCAAAUAAGCCUUACAGUGAGGUUUCAGGGGGUGAUUCAAGUGGAGGCACGAACACACCCGUGUCUUCAAGCCCUAAGCAGUCAAAAUCAAGACCCCCUUCAGCUACAUCUAUGACUGAUGGUGCUAAAAAAAUGCCAGUGACAAAUACUAUUACUGGCACCUCGUUUUAUAAAAAGGAUUCAAAAUCUUGUGAAAAAGUUGAUGUCAGACCAAAAGCUGAUGGUGCCAAUAAAAAGAUCAGUUUGCGAGAGCGACUGCCAUCUUCAUGUAGUGAUGAUGGAGAAUGGGAAGACGAGAAUGAAGAGACGGAAUAUGGAGGGUCUAUACGACGACCUACUUCUGAGAGAGAGCCUGCUGAUGGAGAAGACUCAGCUGACAGUGAUGGCUAUGAUGAUGAUGGAGAUAGUGACACUUGCAAAGAUGGUGAAGAUGAUGAUGUCGAUGAAAUGAUUGAUGGCAUAGAUGAUGAUUAUGAUAAUGACUCAGAUGACAAUUCUGAUGGCUAUUCAAUCACAACUAGCCUAUCAAGGAAGUCAUCGGCAGCCAGUGUCACUGUACGUGUGAAAUCUGCAAAGCAGCGUCUGACUCUCAAAGAUGUGGUGAAAGACAACUGGUCUGCAACUGAUGAGGUUCAACCUGCACUCAUGGCUAGUCUCUUUCCUAAUGUACCUCCUACCAUCAACUUUGUUCCAGAGGGACAAAAAGUUGAGCAACUUCCCUGGGAACUUCGUAAACUGCUGAAGUGGCGAAUGAGCACAAUAACACCAAAUGUUGUGAAACACGUCCUGGCAAGGUCACACUUUAGGGUCUCUAAAAAAAACCAUGACUGGAUAGGCUACUGGGGGAAACAUAUGAAAGCGCCUGGCUUCAAAGCUAUCCGCGAGUAUCAAAAGGUGAAUCAUGUCCCUGGCUCUUUCCAAAUUGGGCGAAAGGAUAGACUUUGGCGAAAUCUUUCAAAAAUGCAGGUGCAGUUUGGGAAAAAAGAAUUUGGAUUUUUUCCACAAACAUUUAUUCUACCUCAAGAUCUGAAGCAGUUAAAGAGAACUUGGGAAGAUGGAGGAAAUAAACAGAAGUGGAUAAUCAAACCUCCUGCCUCUGCUAGAGGGAUAGGGAUCAAAGUCAUCCAUAAAUGGAAUCAAAUUCCAAGACGACGUCCCGUGAUUGUCCAGAAAUAUCUGUCACGUCCAUAUCUCAUCAACGACAGCAAAUUUGACCUCAGGAUAUAUGUGUAUGUAUCCAGCAUGGAUCCACUUAGAGUGUACAUAUAUGAGGAUGGCCUCACAAGAUUCGCAUCACAUAAGUAUUCCAAUGCAAUGAAGAACCUAAGCAACAAAUACAUGCAUCUGACCAACUACAGCAUCAACAAGAAGAACAAUGAAUAUCAGUCAAAUAGCGAUGAAGGUGCUUGUCAAGGACAUAAAUGGAGUCUUCGUUCACUGUGGACAUAUAUGAGAAAGCAGGGCAUCAACACUAACGCUGUCUGGGAAAGCAUUAAGGACCUUAUACUCAAGACUAUUAUCAGCACUGAAAGUGCCAUCAACACAUUGAUUAAGUCAAAUGUGAAGAAACGUUACAGUAUACAUGAGUUAUUUGGCUUUGAUGUGAUGUUAGAUGAAAAUCUCAAGCCAUGGAUCAUAGAAGUCAAUAUAUCACCAAGUCUUCAUUCAAACUCACAACUUGAUAUGAGUAUUAAAGGGAACAUGAUAAAAGAUCUCUUCAACAUCUCUGGCUGGAUUCUACCUGACAAAAGUGAGGUUUCUGCUAAUCAGUCUUUCACAGAUAUGAAUCACUACAUUCCCUCUAAUGAACUCUGCAUUGACAAAAGGCUUUGGUCACAGCAACUUUCACCAGAUGAAAGGGCAAAACAUGCCUACUUUUGCCAGAAAUGGCAAGAUGAGAAUGCCUUACCAGAAAUCCUUCGAACACUAACACCCGAUGAUAUCAGGAUUCUUGUAGAGACAAUAGAUGAAGAGAGUCGGAGAGGAAAUUUCCAUCGUGUUUUCCCAUCUGCGUCUUCACAAAAAUACAUGCGGUUUUUCGACUCUCCUCGCUACUAUAACAUUCUGAAUAUGCAAUGGUUGGAGAAAUAUCAGCGCAUGGAGGGGCGAGGUAUAGCUCUGCUAGAGUCCUACUGUCAGAAGGGAAUCCAUAUAGAAAACCCAACAUCCAACUCUAAUCACCAGUGGUGCCCUCCAAUGGCAGCCGCUGUGAUUCGUGACACCCGCUCUCUAAGUGCGCCCUCAAAUAGACUUCACUUAGAUAAUAGGGGCAGUCAUGCAUCUGCUGCCGUCUUGCCAAAACUGAAGAAGAAAAAGAAGAAAAUGCUACACAGUGGAAGUCUUGGCUCAAUCAGUACACGUAGUGAUGCUUCUGAGCCUAGUUGACGUGCUGCCCGCCUCCCCCCUAUGGCUGAUAGCGAUCACCUACAUGAUCGUCUGGAAUUGAAGUCAAAGCGAUUCUCUCACAGUGUGACUCAUGCAUCUGUUGUUCACAUGCCUGCUUUUAAGAGGGCUUUAGCUCCUUUGAAACUGCCAAAGAAGAAAAAAUCUGCCAAAAGAUUAAGACGUGAUAAAAGUCGAGGUAGCGACUCUUCAUCUAUUACGAGUGGAAGUGAUAAAUUGAACAUGAGUAAUGCAUCGGAUAAGUCAUUCCGUAGAAUCAUGGGUAGAUUAAGCAGAUAUAGUUUGUGAUAGUAGUAAUCAUUUCACGACUUACAUGUAAAACUGCACUGGUGUAAAUUUGGAAUUUAAAGUAUAUGUACACUGUGCAGUACUUUGUUCUUCCACUAGGUGGUGCUGCUGAAUUAUUUCUCGAUGGAAGUUUCAUGGAAACUAUGAAAAAAUGAUGAUGUGUUUAUAAUUCCCAUGAAAUUCAGAAAGGUGAAACCCCAUCGUAAAUCUUUUAUAAAAUACUGCAUGUAGUUUGUCACAUUAUGUCUAUAACGUACUGUAUAAUAUUCUUUUGGAUCCAACUUAAUUAUGUAUAAUCAUGCGGAUUAUUUUACCAUUAAUUUAUACUUUAAUUUUUAUGCAUGAUUUUGUAUUCACUUUUUGAAGUUGAAACCAGUCUUUCAUAAAUAUUGAGUCAUAUACCAUCUGUAAACUGCUGAUUUUCUGAGGACAAUGAUAAUGAUUUCUUGAUGACCUUUUAUGUAACAUUGAAAUAAGAUGUUUCUAGGAAUCUUUGAGUGUGAAUACUUUCUGAAGAUUAAAUUUUUUAUUGAUUUACUUAUUGCAUUCAUUGCUGAAACAUAAAACAUUCCAACAACACAGCAUUAUUUUUAAAAUUUUUGAAUUCAAUCAAUUG